CCUAAGCGGGAUCAAGCUAUGCUUGCUUCAUGAGGCCAGGCGCCUCAUCGGCCAGCUGUUCUCUUCGUCAUUAUUCUUCUCUCUCCGGUCUCUUGCCUGACCUCUUGGGCCAAAGACAUGACAUCACCUCUCCCGAUCGCGAGUGUCUGAUUCCGGUUACGAAUCCCUGAUUGAUUGCCUGACACACUAGUGGGACCUGCCGAUCGAGGAGCGAAUCCUCAAGUCAUGGUCGCUCCAAGGAAUGCCGCCUACGCGGAGGAGAGCGCCGAGGUGGAGGUUUUGUACGCCAAUCUUGAAAAGCUCAAGCUCCUUACCAAGAAGAUCCAAGGCUCUUUGAAUCGCCUGGAAACCGGAGGGAACGUGGUGAAGCAUGCAAUCGGGCCCAUUUACAGCAACACCCAAUCGCUACAGAUCACCAACAGCAACAUUGAUAAGGUCAAUGAAGCCAUUGAACGCCUCCGCCAGCCUCUCGAUGCCAAGGGCAAAGAAGAAGGGAUUAUACGGUCAAGCCCUCAGAGCGUCGGCUUGCCGCAAUAUCUCUCCGCCGUCAAGCGUGUGGAAAAAGCUCUGGCCGAUCUCAAUUCAACCAACCUGAAGUCGAAUCAAAAGGCCAUCUCCGAGUUUACUUCUUUACUGGUGCUAGGGAAUUCUCAGCUCCAGGACAUGCUCCGCAGCACAUUGGGCGAUCACGUCAGUCCUAUCGAACCCCUACACUACUUGACUAAGGAACUCUCGUUUCCGUCGCUACCUGAAGAGACCGUCGCGGAGUUGGGACCGGUAUGUGCUGCCAUCGGCUCUGCAGCAAACUAUGGACCGCAACGGGGCGAUGGUGGAAAUCCCGCCCUCAAAAUCUACGCCGAUAUCCGUGGGCCAUACAUCACAUCGAGCUUGCAGAACCUUGCCAUAGCAUCACUCAAUACCGUCAAGCGACGAGCUGCCGACGGCCCCUAUAAGCAGGGCACUAACGGCAUUGGGAUUUACUCAAACGCCUUGGAAAGCUUUAUAUAUGCGGAGCAUGAGGUUCUGGUGCACAUCUUUACUGGGGAUCAACGGGGUCUGGCUCUGCAAGCAACUUGUCGCUCUGCCUUAGCCGAAUAUUCACAGACCCUGCGAGAGCUCAACCAAUAUAUCAAGGCAAACCUCAUGACGGACUGUUUCCUAGCCUUCGAGAUCAUUGAGAUCGUUACUGCCAUGUCAUACCGCGUGGAAUCGAAGACUGGCGAGCUCAAAAGCUUGUUUAUCGAGGCUCUCAGGCCAGUGCGCGAGACUGCAAAGUCCUCGCUUGCAGAGCUGCUGGAAGAAACAAAGCGCAAGGCCGCAGGAAUUGCUAUGCUUCCACCAGAUGGCGGGUCUGUACCUCUUGUCAGCGAAGUGAUGAGCUCUCUUACUACUUUGACUGGCUACUCCGGGCCGCUUGCAUCGAUCCUGACAUCUCUGGGAGAUGGAAACUGGCGAUCUACAACCAAUGCAGCACCUACGGCGCCCUUGGAUGUCAGCCCGGAUAGUCUGACGCUCCUGUCGCACUUCAUCCUGGACAUGAUCGAAGCUCUCAUGAUCGCCCUUGAAGCUCGAGGCAGAGCGCUUCACCGCUCGAAAGCGGUCCAGGGUGUUUUCCUGUCCAAUGUAUUCUGCACUGUUGACCGCUCCAUCCGACAGAGUUCUGAACUAGCCAGAUACCUUGGCUCUGCCGACAGCAUUGCACGGAUCGAUACCUUCCGCAAACGCGCCACUUCCACUUAUCUCGAUGCAUGGAAAGAAACCUCGCAUUAUCUUCUGGAUGUGCAGUACACCUCUCGGGGAUCUGGCGGGUCAGCGCGGCCAGCGUCCGGAGGAGUCGUCGAUUCCAGUGCCAUUGUCAAAUCCCUUUCGUCCAAAGACAAGGACGCUAUCAAAGACAAAUUCAAGGCGUUCAAUGCUAGUUUCGAUGACCUGUUGAACCGCCACAAGGCCUUGUACAUGGAACGGGAAGUCCGUGGAGUGCUGGCGCGGGAGGUUCAGGCGGUACUGGAGCCACUGUAUGCCCGAUUCUGGGAUCGCUAUCAUGAAAUCGACAAGGGGCGAGGCAAAUAUGUCAAGUAUGACAAGGGCAGCCUGUCUGCUCAGCUAGCCGCGUUAGCGUGAGGGAGACGCAUUUUAGAUAUACCUUGAUAGUUGUAAUGUGAUAAUCAUAGUUCCGAAUCUCCAG